AUGGGCAGCCUCGCGGCUGAAUUUGCAAUGAAAGAUCUUGGACCUCUCAGCUAUUUCUUGGGUAUUACGGUUACUCGUACUGGUUCCCAAAUGUUUCUCUUGCAACAAUCUUAUGCUCUUGACAUUGUCAAUCGAGCGGGCAUGGCUACAUGCAACCCUGUCGCAACUCCUGUGGACACGAAACCAAAGCUUAGCACAACAUCUAGUGUUCCUUUUGAUAACCCCACAUUAUACCGAAGCCUUGCUGGUGCGCUUCAGUAUCUCACGUUUACUAGGCCUGACAUCUGUUAUGCGGUUCAACAAAUUUGCAUUCAAAUGCAUAACCCCAGCUCCGCUCACUGGAACGCUUUGAAGCGUAUUAUUCGUUACAUUCGCGGCACAGCCACUUAUGGUCUCACUCUCUCACCAUGUUCUGACAUCUCUCUUCGAGCCUAUACAGAUGCGGAUUGGGCUGGAUGUCCGGAUACCCGUCGUUCCACUUCAGGAUACUGUGUUUAUAUGGGUCAGAAUCUUUUAUCUUUGUCCUCCAAGCGCCAGUCGACUAUUUCUCGCUCCAGUGCUGAGGCAGAAUAUCGUGCGGUUGCUAAUGUCGUGGCUGAAGUUUGUUGGAUCCGUAACCUUCUUCUCGAGUUGCGUCAGCCCGUCUCGAAAGCCACUUUAGUGUAUUGUGACAAUAUCAGCGCCAUCUAUCUGUCCAGCAAUCCUGUCCAACAUCAACGCACAAAACACAUUGAGAUAGACAUUCAUUUCGUCUGUGAACAUGUUUAA